AUGGCUGCGCGGAGCUUGAAGUGCUGUCCCUCCCUGGCGUCCUUGCGCCGCUCUUUCCGGGGACCCGGUGGAUCCAUUGCAUUCGUUCAGGGAAACGUGCUUCAUUGGGCCGGGGAUGUCCUGGCCACCUCCACAUCCAAGAAGUUGGAGGGCGUGAAGCGGGCAGAUUGGUGGGGCUUCGCUGGAAGGUACAGCGCAGAUGCAGCCUUGCACCGCUAUUUGGGACAGAGUCUUCAAGAAGAGUGCCGACAGCAGACGCAGCAGCUGAAUUUCGGUGACGUCCUGGUGACACAGCCCACAGGGUCCCAGUUGCAAGUGAAACAUCUCCUCCACACCGCAAUUCCCAGCUACCCCGCUUCGGAGGAUCCGGCGGCGAAGCCGGCACCAAACGGCGAGAGGUUGGAUCCGCAAGAGCUCACUCUCGAGAAGGCCACCCAAUUACUCCGUCGAAGCUUCCAAGAGCUUCUCUCCAAGGCCGCCGAUCUCUCCGCCUCCUCUUUGUGCCUUCCUUGUCUCGGCUGCGGCAUCCGCGGCUGGCCAGCCGACGUCGUGGCCCAGAUCGGCCUUGAAGCUCUCGCCGAGUCGGAAGCAGCUGAGUCCAGAUCCCCGGUUCUUUCCCUCGUGGAGUUUCGCUGCAUCGACCGCUUCGUGCUGGAAGCUUGGAUCAACCGAGCCACCGCUUUAGGCUUCCAGGAGCCUUGA